CCGGAAGUGACGCACGUCCCUGGCCGGGCGGCUGUCCUGCCCCCGUUUCCUUUUACGCUGUCGCUGCCUGUAGGUGGUUGUGGCCACCGCGCCCGGAGGCAGGCGGAGGCGGCGGCCAGUAAUGCCUGGGAAACUCCUGUGGGGGGACAUUAUGGAGCUGGAAGCACCUUUGGAAGAGCCCGAGAGCCUGAGGAAGGAGAGGCGAAAGGGUUGUUACGAAGAUUUAAACAAGAUAAGCCGAAAACACAUUACUCAAUGCUGGAGUGACAGAAGGAAGUCAAGGCACCAUUAUGACUCAGAUGAGAAAUCAGAAACAAGGGAAAAUGGUGUUGCAGAUGACUUGGAUACUCCCAAGCCCAAAAAAGCUAAAAUGAGAGAGAAGCUAAAUGGAGACACUGAAGAAGGAUUUAAUAGACUUUCAGAUGAAUUUUCUAAAUCACGUAAGUCAAGAAGAAAAGAUCUGCCAAAUGGAGAUAUUGAAUAUGAAAAAAAAUCGAAGCGAGUAUCCUCCUUGGACAAUGCUCAUAAAUCAAGUGAUAAUAAACUAGAGGAGACCAUAACACGUGAACAGAAAGAAGGAGCCUUCUCCAAUUUCUCAAUUUCUGAAGAGACUAUAAAGCUUCUGAAAGGUCGAGGGGUAACGUAUCUCUUUCCUAUUCAAGUUAAGACCUUUGGCCCCAUAUAUGAAGGAAAAGAUUUAAUUGCUCAAGCACGAACAGGAACAGGGAAGACAUUCUCUUUUGCCAUCCCCUUGAUUGAAAGGCUCCAAAGAAAUCAAGAAACAGUUAAAAAAAGCCGCUCACCAAAGGUACUUGUUUUGGCUCCAACAAGGGAACUGGCAAACCAAGUAGCCAAAGACUUCAAAGAUAUAACUAGGAAACUCAGUGUGGCAUGUUUUUAUGGUGGAACAUCAUAUCAAAGCCAGAUUAAUCAUAUUCGAAAUGGUAUUGACAUCUUGGUUGGGACACCUGGUCGAAUCAAAGACCAUCUGCAGAGCGGCCGGUUGGAUCUUUCCAAACUACGCCACGUUGUGCUUGAUGAAGUGGAUCAAAUGUUAGAUUUAGGUUUUGCUGAACAAGUUGAAGAUAUUAUCCAUGAAUCCUACAAAACUGAUUCUGAAGACAAUCCUCAGACUUUACUUUUUUCUGCAACUUGCCCACAGUGGGUGUAUAAAGUUGCAAAAAAAUACAUGAAAUCCAGAUAUGAGCAGGUUGACCUUGUUGGAAAAAUGACUCAAAAGGCUGCAACUACUGUGGAACAUCUGGCCAUCCAGUGCCAUUGGUCUCAGAGGCCAGCAGUCAUUGGAGAUGUCCUUCAGGUGUACAGUGGGUCUGAAGGGAGAGCUAUUAUUUUCUGUGAGACCAAAAAGAAUGUAACUGAAAUGGCCAUGAAUCCGCACAUAAAACAGAAUGCCCAGUGUUUACAUGGGGACAUUGCACAGUCACAGAGAGAAAUUACUCUGAAAGGCUUCAGAGAAGGUAGUUUUAAAGUUCUAGUGGCAACCAAUGUGGCUGCCCGUGGUUUGGACAUUCCUGAAGUUGACCUGGUGAUUCAAAGUUCUCCUCCACAGGAUGUUGAGUCCUAUAUCCAUCGCUCUGGACGCACAGGUAGAGCUGGCCGGACAGGGAUUUGCAUAUGUUUUUAUCAACCAAGAGAAAGAGGUCAACUAAGAUAUGUGGAACAAAAAGCAGGAAUUACUUUUAAACGUGUAGGUGUUCCUUCUACAAUGGAUUUAGUUAAAUCUAAAAGCAUGGAUGCCAUCAGGUCUCUGGCUUCUGUUUCUUAUGCUGCUGUGGAUUUUUUCCGACCAUCAGCCCAGAGACUGAUAGAAGAGAAAGGGGCAGUGGAUGCACUGGCUGCAGCAUUAGCCCACAUUUCUGGUGCAUCAAGCUUUGAACCACGAUCUUUGAUCACUUCUGAGAAGGGGUUUGUGACCAUGACUCUGGAAAGCCCUGAAGAAAUACAGGAUGUCAGCUGUGCAUGGAAAGAGAUUAACAGAAAGCUGAGUAGUAAUGCUGUGUCCCAAGUUACCAGAAUGUGCCUUUUGAAAGGAAAUAUGGGUGUUUGCUUUGAUGUUCCUACAACCGAGUCAGAAAGUUUACAGGCAGAGUGGCAUGAUUCAGACUGGAUCCUCUCAGUCCCAGCCAAAUUACCUGAAAUUGAAGAAUAUUAUGAUGGAAACACAUCUUCUAAUUCGAGACAAAGGAGUGGCUGGUCAAGUGGCCGGUCAGGCCGAUCAGGUGGUCGAUCAGGUGGUCGAUCAGGUGGCCGGUCAGGUAGACAGGGUCGACAGGGGAGUCGGUCAGGAAGUCGACAAGAUGGUCGAAGACGAGGUGGGAGAAAUCGAUCAAGAAGUGGGGGCCACAAACGGAAUUUUGACUGAGUAUUUGAUAAUCUGCCAGUGUGAGCUUGUGUAUUUCUGCCUAAUCAUGUACAUUAUCCACCAAAAAUUAGGUCAUCAUAGUUGAAGUGUAUGUGUCUGCUAUUUGCAAAGAAGUUGGUCGUAUUUUUUUAAAAAGUAUUUCACAAGAAUGGUUGUAAACAUAUCUACUUAUCCAGAUAUACCUUUGAAUAAAAAAAUU